GUGUGUGUGUGUGCGUGUCUAAAUAUGUAUGUGUAUGUGCUCCAUUCAAGUGGGUGAAAGCAGCUUUCUCCAACUAGGCCAACAUUUGUUAAAGUGCUUUGUGUUGCUGCCCUGUCAGUGCUCGAGUGACAGGUGAAGCGCAAGCUUGUUGAAUCCAUGUGUGUCACAUUUAUUUGCAAAACUACUUUGAGGAAACCAGUUUUCAACAAAGAACCAUCAGCUGUGACUUUCGAAAGAGCCUGUAGAGAGGUGAAAACAACUUGGGAACAGUCUGUGGAAAUGGAUCACUACGUCUUUCUCAACACAGCUUGAAGAACUGUCCUUCCCUACCAACACUAAAACAGACAGGGAUGGGUUAACAGGGACCAGCCAUGGUGGUGACCCAUCUUGCUCUGGAGCUGCGAUUCCAAGGGAAGAAGCUGAGAGGCUUCAGGUGCAAACUGACCCGCUCGGCCCACGGCUUACUGCCAGAGAGCUCGUGGACCAUCGCAGCCCAGAUCCUGCUGCCGUACUUGGUGUCCGGUCUGGGCAUGGUGGCAGCUGGGAUAGUCAUGGAUAUAGUGCAACACUGGGAGGUGUUCAAGGAGAUCUCAGAAGUGUUUAUCUUGGUGCCAGCCCUGGUGGGACUGAAGGGGAAUCUGGAGAUGACAUUGGCAUCCAGACUGUCAACAGCAGCUAACACAGGGCAGAUGGAUGAGGCUCAGCAGCAGUGGAGGAUGGUGUUCUGUAAUCUCGCUCUCAUUCAGGUCCAGGCCACAGUUGUGGGCUUCCUUGCAGCUGUUGGAGCAGUGGGUCUCGGGGCUCUGACCAGAGGGAGAGUGGAUGUUAUCCAGGCUGCUGUCCUCUGUGCCAGCAGCGUCACCACUGCUUUUAUCGCUGCACUGUCUCUAGGUCUGGUGAUGGUGACAGUGAUUAUUGGAUCCAGGAAAGUGGGCAUCAAUCCAGACAAUGUGGCCACACCCAUCGCUGCCAGCCUCGGAGACCUCAUCACUCUGUCUCUGCUUGCUGGCGUCAGCAGCCUCUUCUACUGUUACAGAGACUUGUGGUACCUGCCUCCUGUGGUGUGUGGCUUCUUCCUGCUCCUUAUCCCACUGUGGGUCAUUAUUGCCUGUCGCUCUCCACCAAUCAGCGAAGUCCUAAAGUCAGGCUGGCAACCCGUCAUUUUGGCCAUGUCCAUUAGCAGUAUUGGUGGUUUGAUUCUGGAUAAAACAGUGAGCAAUCCAAACUUUGAAGGUAUGGCAGUGUUCACUCCAGUCAUCAAUGGUGUAGGCGGAAAUCUGGUGGCCAUCCAGGCGAGCAGGAUGUCCACCUAUCUCCACUCCUGGAGUGUUCCUGGAGCUCUUCCAUUUAUAAUGAGUGUGAGGUGUCCAGGACCCUGUGCUACCCUCUGCUCCUCAGAUGUAAACUCCAAAUCAGCCAGAGUCCUGGUUCUUCUGGUAGUCCCAGGUCACCUCCUCUUCCUGUACACCAUCCAUCUCUUGCAGGGAGGCCAUACUGCAAUGACACCCAUGUUCAUCAUCUGCUACCUGUCUGCAGCUCUGCUUCAGGUGCUGAUUUUGCUUCACAUGGCCAGCCUAAUGGUGCGAUGGCUGUGGCAAAGGGGACUGGAUCCAGACAACUUCUCCAUCCCCUACCUCACAGCUCUGGGUGACCUGUUGGGGACUGGUUUCUUGGCUUUGUGCUUCAGACUGAUUCUGAUCGUCAGUUCUAUUCGGACUGGAGUUUGACAGGGACAUGUGGUCCUGUAGGCCUACUUUUCUCUAUAUGCAAGUGGCUGAAACACCUGCAGAGCUAAUUGGAUGUAAAGACUUUGAGGAUAAAAGAGGACAUGAGGUAAGUAUGGUGUUAUGUGUGCCUCAAUACUGAGCAUCAAAAUGGGACAGGAAAAUGUAUUGUUUUUGCAAGGACAUUCAUCUAUUUUUAUUCUUACAAAUUAAUACUCAAAGAAUAAUUUAACUUGAACAAACAUAUCUAUUAUAUGCUCAAUAAUUAAUUCACUUAUUUUCUAUUAUCCAUAUAAGUGCACAUUAAAAACAUUUUACUAAUUUUUCUCUCUAAUUCCCUGCUCUGUAUGACUUGCCCAUGGACACCAGCUCACUGUGUCUCUCAUGCAUGACCUGACACAGUGUUACUGAUUUUUCCAACGCAGAGCAAAGAUAAUUUUGAGGCAGUCCUAUUGCAUACAAAGUCAAUAGAAAGACUUGAGCAAGUUGUUUUUGUAUCCUUCUGGAAUCUGCUUCAUAAACAUACACAGACAAGAGAGACCUGAGGGAAAUCUAAGAAAGGACUAGACCCUAAAUUUAGUCAGAGGCUGAACUCUCCCACGGACACGGUGAGCUUGUGGUUGCUAGCUUACAGUUGGUUGGGCCAAAAAAACAAAACAUGUUUCAGAGGUCAACUUUGCUGCCAAUACAUUUUUUAGUGUGCUACAAUUUCACCCAAAAAAUGUAAAAAGCAUGGGAACACUAUAGGGAGAUGUUAAGUAGGGACAGCUAAACAAAAGUAGUUUAUGCAAUUUUGGUACAAACUUAGUUUUAUGAACAUUAAUAAAAUUCCAUUUGUAUGUGAAUCUCUACUAAUCUGUCCUGAUAAGUAGCCAGCUGACAGAUAGUUGUCAGAUAAGCAGUGGCAAACUAAGCUAGCUGGCUGAUUACCAGCUACUUAGCCAAGUCAUUAUUAGUUUGUUUGUUUUGGAUAAAAACUGCCAUAAAUGGAGCACAAUUGCUUGUGAAAAAUGUAAGUGUAGACCCUUGAGUUGAAUAUAAUAUUUAUAUAGCUAGCUAACUUGACUACUAACCACCUAGCAUGCCAUUAAAAUGAGAUGAAGCACACUGUCCAACAAUGUCAUAUGCUUUAUUGUUUCAAUAUAAAGGCAAAGUUUUAGGUUUUUCUUUUAUUUAUUUAACAAACAUUGACAUUUAUAAUGUGUAAACUGGAUAGGGGAGAUAUUCAAUAAUUAUUCUGUUAAUCUGGCAGCGCAGAGAAUUACAUAGGAAAUUAGUGACUUUAAUGUGUUCGAGAAAAAGCUUUCUGUGCUCAAAAUAUCCCUUUGUGGUCAUUAUUGAGGCACAAAAGAUAAGGCUCUUAAAACAAAAUAGAAAGAAUAAGGUGAAUUAUUUUGCACUUUGGUCUCCAUAUUUGCCAGCUCACUUUGUCAAUAGUUAUAGUACCCGGCUCCCUGGAGUUGCACUGGUCACAAUUGCACUGGUUACCUACCACUCUGGCUCUGUAGAAACAACACCCAUCUCAAAUGGAUCCAAGUGGGAAUGCUGUAGAACCACUGUAAUGUUAACUGUCGACACAUCUGUACACCUAUUGUCAGCUCUUAGUGUUAGAUGGCAAAUGAUUGUAUUAAGGCAAUAACUAUAUAUAUAAUGAGUGUAAAUGUAUAUUAACAUAAAUCAGAUGCUGCACCGUAUUGAUGAAAGAUAUAUUUUAUCUUGUUUAUUUUAUGUAGGUUUGUGCCUUUGAACCGUGAUAAGCCUUCAGUUCUCUUCUGUGUUUCUAUGAACUCUGA